AUGCGGAAGCGGCAGCCGACGGACGCGCCGGUGGCGGCGAAUCCGGCGGCGGCGCGAGGGCUGAACGCGACGCGCCGCCGCGCCGCCGCCGCCGCCGACGACGACGGGGAGACGUCGGUCGACCGACGCGAGCGCGACGACGGCAGGAUCGAGAUGAGGUCCGCGUCCGUCGCGCCUCCGACCGCGAGCAGUUUGAACGACGACGACGACGACGACGACGACGACGAAGAGCUCGAGCUCAGGGCGUUGGAGGAGGAAGCGGAGAACGCGCGCGCGCUCGUGGAACAGCUCGGGAUGGACGACGACGACGACGACGACGACGACGACGACGACGACAGAGCCGCCGCCGCCGCCGCGCCGCCGCCCGCGCGCGCGGUCCUCCCGCCCCCCGCGGCGUUCGUCAUCUCCUUCGAGCACGAGAAGCGCCGCGCGCCGACGACCGCCGCGCGCCGACGACGACCGCGCGCCGACGGCGGGUCCGGGUCUCCGCGGGACGGCGACACCGCGUCCGUCGCGGCGCUCAGACGCGAGUGCGUCGCCGCGUUGGGACUGCAAGGGUUCCAACGCGCGUACGCGUGUCAGAGGCUUCACGCGUCGGCGGCGGCGUCGGCGGCGGACGACGGCGGCGACGGCGGCGGCGGCGACGGCGACGGCGGGUUAGUUAAGGUAAUAGGGAAAGAUCACGCGCACGUGGCGCCGCUGGUCGAGAUGCUCGUCCUCCUCGAAGGCGUCACCCUCGAGGACGGAGACGGCGGGUGA